AUGAACGGCGUCUUUCCAGGCAACAGCAGUCUCUUUCAGCAGCUAGAUAAGCAAGUAUUGAUGGUCUUGCGUGAUGGCCGCCACCUCGUUGGAUACCUGCGGAGUUUCGACCAGUACUCAAAUAUUAUUCUCGAAGAUACAUUUGAGCGGCACGUGGCUGACGGACUCUUUUGCGACAUUGAAUUGGGUCUCAAUAUCAUCCGUGGUGACAACAUCGUACUUGUCGGUGAGCUGGACAGCGACAAGGAGCGUGACCAGCCACACUUGAAGCGCGUGGAGCUCGAGAAGGUGCUACAGGCAGAAGAGCGACUAAAUGAACAAGGCGACGCAAGUGUUCGUCAGCAGUGGGACUUUGAGCAGCAGCACUAG